AUGUCUGCCCUUGUGAGUCUGCUGACAGUGCUCACUGCCGUCCCUCCAUCCGAAAUGUGCAUGAGGACAAUCGAUAAGGAAGAGGGGAUGCCCAGCACGGUGACGGUCAGUAAACUCUCAUGUUUCAUCUAAACCCAACAUACUUCAUUUACAGCUCAACUUGGCCACAACUAUGAACUGUUAGUAAAAGCAAAUAAGAAAAUGCCAACUUGAUCUUCUCUUUGCAGAUUGCGAUGACUGUGAUUAUGAUAAAAUUGCCGUGACUCCGUCAGAAACAGAUUCAGAGCUUCCGAGUCAAUUCCAGUCUGUACCAGCAUCAAUAUUACGUACCGGGUGAAAUUUUCAGAAUGAACGUUGUGGAUGGUUGCGUCGAGCAGUAUAUGAGGUGCUUCAGAACCGAUCAAACUGUUUGCCUUUCAAUCUCUUUGAAUGUGAGCUGCUGUACAAUAAAUAUUAAGUGAUUUCUAUAAGAUUGUUUUCAGAUUGUAACAGACACCAGUACAAUGAUGAUUGGCGUUGCAUCGACGACCUCAGCUUAUGGCACAGUUUCAUGCAAUAAAGAAGGAUACUGGGAAUACGAGGGAACGUGAGUGGACUAUUAUUAACCAGCUUAAAUUCAUCAUUUUUGUUUUAGAAUUGUAAAUCGAGUUUACUGCUUGUUCUCCGGAUGUUUGUAG